GCUGGCAAACGGAGCGAUUCCGGUCAAUUGUCACCCUCCACUUCCCUGCAACGGGACGGAAUUUGCUGUCGGUUGGCAGAUGACGCGACGCCACGGGCGUUUCGCUCAGAAACGCCAAGUCCUUAGUCAACGUCGGCUUGCCCAAGGUCUCGUCUUGCUCGAUCUCCUACACCACAUAGCGUCCGAAGGCAGUCCUAGAGAUGUCCACCGAAGUCAAGGUCGAGUACGACGCAAAGGGCAUGCCGUUCCGGAGGCUGGGGCCCAGUGGCCUGCGGGUGCCGCUGUUCUCGCUUGGAAGCUGGCUCACCUUGGGCGGAUCUGUCCGUGGCGAUUCCGUCACUGGCAGGGAUAUCUUCAAGACAGCCUUUGAUCAUGGCAUCAACAUGUUCGAUACUGCCGAGGGUUAUGCGGCCGGACGAUCGGAGGAGGAGAUGGGCAGGGUGAUUCGGGAACUGGGCCUGCGUAGGACGGAUCUGAUCAUUUCUACGAAAUUGUAUUGGGGACCGCAUAAGUCGCCAAAUGCCUCGGGACUGCCGCGGAAGCAUAUCAUUGAGGGCAUGAAAGAAUGCCUCCAGCGGCUCGGGCUGGAAUAUGUCGAUAUUAUCUUCGCACAUCGUCCGGAUCGCACAGUUCCCAUGGAAGAGACCGUCCGGGCGUUCAACUACGUGAUCAAUCAGGGAUGGGCGUUCUAUUGGGCAACUUCAGAAUGGUCCGCAGAAGAGAUCGAGGAAGCAUACCAUGUUGCCGACAAGCUUGAUUUGGUGGGCCCUGUUGCGGAGCAAUGUAGACAUCACAUGCUGCAUCGGGAGCGCCCGGAGAAAGAAUAUGCCCCUAUCUACCGCAAGUACGGUACGGGAACUGCGGUGUACUCCGCUCUCGCUGCCGGCCUCCUAACCGGCAAGUACAACAACGGCAUUCCCCCGGAUUCGCGUCUCGCCGUUUCGCAGGAGCAACAAUACAAGGAUCAGGCUGCGAUGCUCGGUACCCCUGAAGGCGAGCAGAUGCUGGCGAAGAUCAAGACCAUCGCGGAGUUUGCGGAGAACGAACUGGAUUGCAAGGUCUCGCAUCUCGCCCUUGCUUGGGUGGCGAAAAACCCCAACACUUCCACGAUUAUCCUGGGCGCGUCUAAGCCGGAGCAGAUCGUCGACAAUCUCAAGGCACUGGAUGUCCUCCCCAAACUCACGCCGGAGGUUGUGGAAAAGAUCGAGGCCAUCCUGGCUAACAAGCCGGCUCCUCAGGCGACGUUUGGCCGCCCGCCACUUGAUCCUUUUGGUAGGCUGUGAGAGCGGAAUGGGUUGGUCGUAGGGCGGACUGAUCGCGACUUGAUUAUAUGUAUCAAUAGAAGAUCAGAGGUUGUGAAACCUAUCAUGGAGCAGAAUUUCAUGUUGCUGUGUGUUAAUCGCUGUGAAACCCCCUGUAACGAGCGACAUAUUCGAAAUCGUGAUGCAUAUGGCUGUCGUCCGUUAU